UGUUUCCGCUUAACAUGGGAGUUUUCGCCUCCUCUGAAAGCAGAGCCUCACAAAAGCCACUACUGAGCGGAGGGUCUCCCCGUAUCUUUGCAGGAAAUCGUGGUCAGAGUUCCUCUGAGCCUUCCUCCUGCAGCUGGAAAGGACAUAACAGCCCACUACUCGCCGCGGGUUGUGCACUGGCUGUUUUGCCUUCUUCAACAUCUGGUCCAAACCCACGUUUCGGUCAUUAAUUAUCCAAAUUUACUACACACUUGAUACAAGAAAGGACUAGGGACCUGCCUUCAAGGAAUUCACCCUUAAGGGGAAGGAACUGUCGGGGGAAUUAGAACAGGAUGCAAAUUGAUGUGGACGCGGAGAGGGUGACAUUGGAAAGUGCAUCCCAGCCAGCUCUUAGUGUGGAGCAGUGACCUGUGUGUGGUUCCUUCUACUUGGGGAUUAUGCAGAGAGCUUCACGUCUGAAGAGAGAGCUGCACAUGCUGGCCACAGAACCACCCCCAGGCAUCACAUGUUGGCAAGAUAAGGACCAAAUGGAUGAUCUGCGAGCUCAAAUAGUAGGUGGAGCCAACACACCUUAUGAGAAAGGUGUUUUUAAGCUAGAAGUUACCAUUCCUGAGAGGUACCCAUUUGAACCUCCUCAGAUCCGAUUUCUCACUCCAAUUUAUCAUCCAAACAUUGAUUCUGCUGGAAGGAUUUGUCUAGAUGUUCUCAAAUUGCCACCAAAAGGUGCUUGGAGACCAUCCCUCAACAUCGCAACUGUGUUGACUUCUAUUCAACUGCUCAUGUCAGAACCCAACCCCGAUGACCCGCUUAUGGCUGAUAUAUCCUCAGAAUUUAAAUAUAAUAAGCCAGUCUUCCUCAAGAAUGCCAGGCAGUGGACAGAGAAGCAUGCAAGACAGAAACAAACGGCUGAUGAGGAGGGGAUGCUUGAUAAUCUGCCAGACGCUUGUGACGACUCCAGAGUACACAACUCAACACAGAAAAGAAAGGCCAGUCAGCUAGUAGGCAUAGUAAAGAAGUUUCAUUCUGAUGUUUAGGGGAUUUGUCCUGGUCCAUCUUAGUUAAUAUGUUCUUUUUUUUUUUUUUAAUUUUUAAUUUUUUUUUUUUCAAAGAUGGGGUUUCACCAUGAUGGCCAGGCUAGUCUUGAACUCUUGACCUCAGGUGAUCCACCCACCUUGGCCUCCCAAAGUGCUAGGAUUACAGGCGUGAGCCACCGCGCCCGGCCAGUUAAUAUGUUCUUUGCCAAGGUGAUCUAAGUUACCUACCUUGAAUUUAAAAAAUUGUGUAUUUGAUGACAUAAUUUUUGUGUAGUUUAUUUAUCUUGUACGUGCGUAUUUUGAAAUCUUUUAAGCCUGGAAAAUAAAUAGUCAUUUAAUGUUG